GCACUUACCGUUGAACAGUGAACAUCGAAUACCAUGUCCCAGCAGGAGAAAAUUUUGCUAGCCUAUUCCGGUGGAUUGGACACCAGUUGCAUCCUUAAAUGGCUGCUCGAGAAAGGCUACGAGGUGAUCUGCUUCAUGGCCGAUGUGGGCCAGGAAGAAGACUUUGUCGCAGCUCGUGAAAAAGCCCUUCGGAUCGGUGCCAAGGACGUCAUCAUCAAAGAUAUGAAGGAGAUGUUUGUGGAGAAGUACGUUUGGCCGGCUAUCCAGAUGGGAUUAAUCUAUGAGGAUCGCUAUCUUCUCGGCACAUCGCUGGCCAGACCUUGCAUUUCGGUAGGACUGAUCGAGUGCGCUGCUCAACGCUCAUGUACGAUUAUCUCCCAUGGAGCUACCGGCAAGGGGAAUGACCAGAUAAGAUUCGAGUUGAGUUGUUACGCCUUAAAUCCGAAGAUGAAAGUCAUUGCUCCGUGGCGUUUGCCGGAGUUUUGUGAACGCUUCCAGGGACGGACGGAUUUACUGGAAUACGCCAAGAAACAUGGAAUUCCUGUGAGUGCUACGACGAAAGCUCCCUGGUCGAUGGAUGCAAACAUUAUGCACAUCAGUUACGAGUCAGGGAUUUUAGAAAAUCCAGCUGUCGCUGCCCCGGAAGAACUGUACCAAAUGACGCAGUCGCCGGUGAAGGGCCCCGAUACACCCGUGAAAAUGGACAUUGUUUUCAAGGAAGGAAUUCCGGUUCGUGUGUCAGAACAUGCAAGCGGUAAGACGAUAGAGGGGGCUUUGAAUAUUAUUCUGUACUUGAACAAGAUAGGAGGACAACAUGGCGUAGGAAGAAUCGAUUUGGUUGAGAAUCGGUUUAUUGGACUGAAAUCCAGAGGCGUGUAUGAAACGCCAGGUGCUUCUAUUUUGUAUGCUGCGCACAAGGAUUUGGAAGUUUAUUGCCUGGAUCGUGAAAUUCUGAGAGUGAAGUCCUAUCUAGCACUGAAGAUGGCCGACUACGUGUACAACGGAUUCUGGUACUCUCCAGAAGCUGAGUUUGUGAGGUCUUGUUUGGUUACAGCUCAGAAAAAUGUGACGGGAAAAGUUGUUCUCGAAAUCUACAAAGGUCACGUUAUGGCCGUUGCUCGGGAAUCAACCAAGAGUAUCUACAAUCAGGAACUGGCAUCGAUGGAUGUGCAUGGAACUCUAUCGCCCUAUGCUGCCACUGGGUUCAUUGAAGUCAAUGCAAUGCGUUUGAAGGAACAUUAUCGAGUGUUCGGAAGUGCCAAUACCAAAUAAUUU